GCCACUAAAUUGAGUCGUUUGAGGCGCAGUCGCAGUCGCAGUGGAAGUAACAGUGAGUAGGACGCGUUGUCAGUUGUUGUUAGUGUUGUUGCUGGUGUUGUUGUUGUCGAGCGUAGGAGCAUCUGUGGCUGUGUCUGCCCUCUGGUAAAUGGUGCUACAAAGUUUCGUCUCUGUUGAAUUUAGAACAGUUUUCAAACGGCGCUGCUGAAAUUCACAACGUCGAGCAGCGCGCUGUAAAAAAGAUCGGAGAAUAAUCGCAAUUUAUAUCGCACCCUCAACACAACAAAUUAUAUAGAAGACUUUUACUGUUCUCCCUACAGUUUCACUCUUUCUCGCUCUCUCUAUCUCGAUCAUUUGCUCUCUGUCACUCUUUCGCUCUGUUGUGCAUCUCUAAAUGUAUCUGUGUUUUUGUGCAAAAAAUAGAACAAUAUCGAAAAAGUAGCUGUCAUUUAAAUGAACUACAUGCAGCUGUAGCCUGUGUACGUGUAUGUGUAUUUGUAUGUGACUGUGCCAUUGCGAGUACUUCUAGGUGUUGCAGUCAACCAGGCAGCAGCUAUAUAUAUACACAUGUGAUCUAGGAAAUGCACCACGCCCACGAAAACGACGAUCAGAUCAGGGAGUGACAUGUGAGGCAAACAUGGCUGCCAUAAAUCCAUCAACGCGCUGAAUAAAUCACAAGCCACAGGCGACAAUAAUUAAGAGCCCAUGAGUGCACAAUAUUUUUGGGAAGUGUAUUUCCGUUACCCAAAAGGCAAGGUGAUCAUCAGAAUCUGAAUCCGAAUCCGAAGCAUCCGAUUCAGAUCAAAAGGCGCCGCUCACACACACAUACACACACACACACACAUGUUGCUGACGAUCAAGUUGAGCAACUGUUGUUAUAUCCAUCUAUAAAUUAGAAACAGAAAAAACAACAUAGUACUAGAAGAUCACUGAUCUGCCAGAGAGUAAAGUGAGGGAGUGUGUAGCGUGCGCUCUCUCUCUCAGCUAAAGUGGAUUUCCGGUGAAUAAAAAACAACAACAACAACGAGAAUAACACAUGCGACAGAGACACAAAGUUGCGGCAGUUGCAGUUGCAGUUGCAUUGAAGUUGAAGUUGAGGCGCAACCCCAUUUGCUUGGAAAGAGAGACAGGAACCGGAGACCCGAGAGCCCAAGUGUCACUUAGGGGCAGAGUUACAAAAAUAAAUAGAUACCAAAGAUCGUGUGGCGGCAACAGUUGUUGCCACAACGUUGCAAGCACCAUGUCCCGCUGUCUGCUGCUGCUUCUGGCGCUCUUCGUCCUGUCGACGGCAGCGUUACGAUCGCCAGCAAAUUCACAGGAGCUGAGCAAGGAUGAGGACGGAGUCGCCACGAAUGCUUCACAAAUCGUGAACAAUGUCAAUGCAGAUGAUGAUGGACUGGACGCGGAUGAGGAUGACAAGAUGAGUGGCACAGGGGCUGGGGCAGGCAGCAGUGGCAGUGGCAGCGGCAGCGGCAAUGAAACUGCCGAACAGUUUCCACCUCGAUUCAGGAAUUUGAAAAAGAUCAGCGGACUGUACACCCGACCCUCGGGGUCAUCCGUAUCACUAAACUGUCAGGCGGUGGGAAAUCCAGAGCCAAAGAUUACCUGGUAUCGCAAUGGGAGCACCGAAUUGACGCGCACUUAUGGCAUUUUCCGCAGGACUAAAUGGCAACUGAUCAUGGAGGACCUUGUGCCGGAGGAUAGCGAUCAAUACUCCUGUAAACUGUGCAAUCCCCUCGGCUGUCUCUCCCACGCGAUGAAUCUGAUAGUCAGCGAUCGUGUCAACCACAAGCCCAUCCUCCUCAAAGGACCCGCCAACCUGACGCUGCUGGUCAAUGAAAGCGGCCAAAUGGAGUGCAAAUAUCUGUCGGACUUAACGAGUAAGAAGGCUUGGAUCUUUGUGUCCUGCAAGAGCAGCAACGAUUGCAACACGAAUCGCACUCUUCUUGCCGAGGAUGUGGAUCGGCUGGAGCUCACGAAUGUCACGCAGGCUCAGGAGGGCUGGUACACCUGCAUCGAGAGCAACAGUUUGGGGCAGUCCACAAGUAAGGCGUAUGUGCGAGUGGCGAGUAGUCGACAGGAGUUGCUGGAGGUGAAUCUUAGCAGUGUGGUUCGAGAGAAUGCCACAAUGGCCAUUGGGAUCAUGGUGAUCGGGCUGCUCAUCAUGAUUUGCAUCGCCUUUGUGGCAUAUGCGGUGCGGAAGAUGAAGCACGAGAAGCUGAUCAAGCAACGCAUCGAAACGGUUCAUCAAUGGACGAAGAAAGUCAUCAUCUAUAAGCCAUCGAGUGGUGGCGACUCAAGCGGUUCCAUGGACACCAUGAUUAUGCCAGUGGUGCGGAUCGAGAAGCAACGCACCACUGUCCUCCAAAGUGGCAAUGAACCGGUGCCCUUCAAUGAGUACGAGUUUCCCCUGGACUCCAACUGGGAGCUGGCUCGCAAUCAACUCGUGCUGGGCGCGACACUCGGCGAAGGCGCCUUUGGGCGUGUCGUCAUGGCCGAGGUGAACAACGCCAUUGUGGCGGUCAAAAUGGUCAAGGAGGGUCAUACGGAUGACGAUAUUGCCAGCCUGGUGCGUGAAAUGGAGGUCAUGAAGAUCAUCGGACGUCACAUUAACAUUAUCAAUCUGCUGGGCUGCUGCAGCCAGAGCGGACCUCUCUAUGUCAUUGUGGAGUACGCACCACACGGCAAUCUCAAGGACUUUCUCUACAAGAAUCGACCACUCAGCAAGGAACAGCUGGAAUGCUCACAAUCGGCACCACCGACCACGCCACAGCACGUGAUCACCGAGAAGGAUCUGAUCAAGUUUGCCCAUCAAAUAGCACGUGGCAUGGAUUACCUUGCCUCACGACGCUGCAUCCAUCGCGAUCUGGCGGCACGAAAUGUCCUGGUCAGCGAUGAUUAUGUGCUUAAGAUUGCUGACUUUGGACUCGCCCGGGAUAUACAGAGCACCGACUACUAUCGAAAGAACACCAAUGGACGUCUGCCCAUCAAAUGGAUGGCGCCGGAGUCGCUGCAGGAGAAGUUCUACGACUCCCAGAGCGAUGUCUGGUCCUAUGGCAUACUGCUCUGGGAGAUCAUGACAUUUGGUGGUCAACCGUAUCCGGCUAUUAUGUCCGCCGAGGAACUUUACAGCUACCUCAUGUCCGGUCAGCGCAUGGAGAAGCCGGCUAAAUGCUCCAUGAAUAUAUACAUUCUGAUGCGACAGUGCUGGCACUUUGAUGCCACCGCCCGUCCGCCCUUCACGGAGAUCGUGGAGUACAUGGACAAGCUGCUCCAGGCUAAGGAGGAGUAUCUGGAUGUGGAUGUGGCCAAUCUGGAGACGCCGCCCUCCACCAGCGACGAGGAGGAGGAGGAGGAUGCUUCCGAUAUGGAGCAAUCGCGCUAUCACUUCUAACUGAUCGAUAACGAUAGUGGCUCGAUAACAACAGCUGAUCGCCAAAUAAAAUACUGUACAUACUUAGCUUUCGGGCUAUCAUCUAACGAUAAGUCUGUAAAUCGCUUGAAAUUGAAUGCACCAAAGGCAUGAACCAAAUAAUUAUUUGUAUUAGCUCUAAGUCAGCUCUAGGGUAAUAUUAAAUAUAUUUGUAAUUGUUUUAAAACACUUUUAGGCUCUUCUUACUUGUAACUUAAAUAAUUGUUUUUUUUUUUUUUAAUAUAUAUAAAGUCUGCUUUGUAAAUAAAUUUCAUAGUACUUCUUAAUCAAAAUGUUUUGAAAAAAUAAUCUCGAGAGCAACAGCUCUGCUUCACAGUAUAAACGACAUGAAGAAUUAAUCCGUAUUUUUUUUACAGGUAGGCUGAAUACGGAACUAAAAGAAUUAGAUAUUAAUAUCAAAUACAAGUGCGAUCAAAGAUCGGAGUUCUAGAAAACAAAUAAAGAAUUUAAAUUAGUGAAUAGAAUUUCGAAUAACCAAAUUUUGGGAUAUACUUAAAAACAAAACGAAAAAUUGUAUAAUAAGAGAAAAUUAUAAAAUCCAAAAAAUAUUACUUCAUUGAUUAAAGCACAUUUUUUAAAUGAUUCAACUCAAUUUUAACACAUGAAAGCAGAUUUUUUAUAUAUUUAAAAUUUACUUUAUAUAUGUUUAAAAAAAUAUUUAAAUCAUAAGUCCUGACUUCAGCAGGCCAGGAAAUAAAAAUUCCUGUCAUAUAAGAAAAAAAAAAAAAUUAAUGGCAAAGUUUAUUUUAUAUGAAGUUUGACAGGAUUUUUUAUAUCCGAGCCUGCUGGAGUUUUAAUGUACACCUAAUUUUAAAUUCGUACAAUGGUUGUAUUUGCAUAUGUUGUAUGUAUUUGUAUUUCAACUAGUUUUUGAACUGACUUACGUAGUAUUCGAAUUAGUUAAGUUACGAACAACAACCAACAGAUUCUUAUGAAAAAUUGUUUAUGUACAUAGAAUUUAGCUUUGCAUGAUCGAGUGCCUUAUCGAACAAUAAAUGUUGUACUCAUAGUCUUAACCCAAAAAUGAACAGAGCCAAAAACAUGACCAAGAGCCAGAUCAUGACGUCUCAAUUUAAAAAUCUGUGAAAAAUAUUAUAACAACAACAACAACAAGAAAAGCCGUCGAUUUGGACCGCACGAGGCACGCGCGUCACUAAACGAGAAAAUGAUGAAUGAAACGGCUGGCGGUUGAUUCCCCUCUUGCAGGUUUUGCUGAGCGGGUCGGGUGGGUGGAGAGUCUUGAACCCUGGGUCUUUAGCAACAACAGCAGCAGCAACGGCGUUGGCGGCUCGUUUGUUGACGCGCCAAAAUGCCACGAGCAUCGACGUCCAAGUCGCAGUCGCAGUCGACGUCGACGUCAGAGUCAACGUUGCUGCCUCUCCGCGAUGCUGGCGAUGCAAUUAGACGAUAAUGUAACCAAGCCAAAGAUAUUACAGAAAAUAAGAAAUAAAAUGUUAAAUUAAA